GGCGGGAGGCCGGGCUGAGGCAGGCGGGGUGUGGGGAGCGGCCCCCUGUCGUGGCCGCCGCCGCGGGACCCCGCCGCACCAUGCCUCAGCUACAGUCGCCUGGGGGCGGCAGCGGCAGCAGCAGCGGCGCGGGCGGCGACGACUUGGGCGCCCCGGACGAGCUCAUCCCCUUCCAGGACGAAGGCGACGAGCAGGACAAGGGCGCCGGGGGGCGCGGCUCCGCUCACGGGGACUUGGACGAGCUCAAGUCGUCGCUGGUGAACGAGUCGGAGAACCGCGGCGGCAGCGCCUCCGGCUCCGAUUCUGAGGCAGAGAGGGCGUCUCAGCAACCUCGGGAAAGCUUUCAGAAGCCGCGGGACUCUCCUGCUGAAGCAAUCAGAAGACAGCAGGAUGGAGGCUUCUUUAAAGGGACUCCUUAUCCAAGUUAUCCCUUCUUGAUGAUUCCAGAGCUAGGAAGCCCUUACUUGCCAAAUGGAGCCUUGUCCCCAAGUGGUGCUCGCACGUAUCUACAGGUGAAGUGGCCACUACUUGAUGUACCAGCUGGAGCUACACUGAAGGAUGCAAGAUCUCCCUCUCCUGCACACUUAUCAAACAAAGUUCCUGUGGUGCAGCACCCACAUCACAUGCACCCACUGACGCCACUUAUCACCUACAGCAAUGACCACUUCUCACCAGGCUCCCCUCCUUCCCAUCUUUCCCCAGAGAUUGACCCCAAAACAGGAAUUCCACGACCACCUCAUCCUUCAGAACUGUCUCCUUAUUAUCCAUUGUCUCCUGGUGCCAUUGGCCAAAUUCCUCAUCCCUUGGGGUGGCUUGUACCACAGCAAGGACAGCCAGUGUAUUCCAUUCCUCCUGGUGGGUUCAGACACUCAUACCCUGCCUUGGCUAUGAAUGCCUCAAUGUCCAGCUUGAUGUCCAGCAGGUUUUCUCCACACAUGGUUCCUCCUCCUGCUCAUGGACUUCAUCCCUCAGGAAUCCCACAUCCCACCAUUGUGUCACCCAUAGUUAAACAAGAGCCCACACAGCCCAGCUUGAGCCCUGAAGGGAACUCAAAAACGCCUGUCAUUGUCAAAAAGGAGGAGGAGAAGAAACCCCAUAUAAAGAAACCUCUGAAUGCAUUCAUGUUGUACAUGAAGGAGAUGCGAGCCAAGGUGGUGGCAGAGUGUACACUGAAGGAGAGUGCAGCUAUCAAUCAGAUCCUAGGAAGAAGGUGGCAUUCAUUGUCCCGUGAGGAGCAAGCCAAAUACUAUGAACUAGCCCGGAAGGAGAGACAGCUUCAUUCUCAGCUAUAUCCUACCUGGUCUGCACGAGAUAACUAUGGUAAGAAAAAGAAGAGAAAAAGAGAGAAACAACCUCAACAGCAAAUCCAAGAAACAGGAAAUUCUGUGGCCUCAAAGAACAAAAAGCCAUGUGUACAGUACCUGUCUGCUGAGAAAUCUUGUGACAGUCCUGCAUCCUCCCAUGGCAGCAUGUUAGAUUCUCCAGCCACCCCCUCCACAGCCUUGGCAUCACCUGCAGCUCCUGCUGCCACCCAUUCUGAACAGGCUCAGCCCCUCUCCCUAACCACCAAACCUGAAGCCAGAGCCCAGCUGUCUCUGCAUUCAGCUUCUUUCCUAUCAAGCAAAAUUGCCGCCUCUUCCUCUAGUUUGACUAGCCAGUCAUCUCUCCUCUCUAGGCCCCUCCCAUUCUCUUCAAUUGCCCCCACAGCUCUCCUGACCACGCCUCCUUCCUUUGCAGCCAUCCCUUCUCCUCAGGCUGCCUUGGCUGUGUUACAAGCCCAACCGCUAUCCUUGGUAACCAAACCAACUGACUGAGGAAAACUCCCAUCCUACAUCCCUGCUGAAGCCACAAGUGAGAUUACAAAGCAAAGAAGCCAUUUAUUGGUCAAUAUUUGACCCUUUCUGAACUCUUCCGUAAGGUGACUCUUGAGGAAGAAGGUGCUCUACUCUCGGAGUUGUUUUCAGUAGUCUGUCUAAAGACCAUUUUUUAUUUUUUAAAAAAAUAAAAACAAAAAAUUCCCACAAAAAUUUUUUAUGAAACCAUGAACAAGAUGAAAACAGAAGGCAAGCCACGUCUUUUGUUCCUGUCAGUGCCCUUUGGCACAUGGACUUGUACAGAUGGAUCAUCUCUCAGUGGUGUUUGCAUGUUUUGUUAUAUUGCUAACUUUUGCUAUUCCCCAUUCCCCUGGCCAGGCAGUGAUUGAUUUAUGCUACUUACUCCAGCCAUCCUGCAGUUCCAACAUUCUCUAAGAGACUGCCAACAGUUACCAGAAGACAAAAUAUCAGCGAGAUGUAGUGCCUCACUGACACAUAAAAUCUGCCCAGCCAUGAGGAGGCCCAGAGUGAUCAUCCAGGAAAAUGGCAGGACAAUCCACCCUAUUUCCUCACCAAAUUUAUUUUGUGUAGCAGGAAGUAGGGGAAUGGGUUUUGGGGAAUUGCCUGUUACUUUAACGAAGGAAAAUAAAUCUGCAUCUUAACUUUC